AUGCUCUUGGUCAUGGGCUCCAAUGACACGAGGGUGGCCGAAUACGCCGCCCAGCUCUGGCAUCAGCAAAAGGCCCCUUACAUCCUCUUUACCGGAGGCGUCGGCUUUCUCACGGAAGGUGUGUUUACCCAACCAGAAGCCGAGCUAUUUGCCCAAAUAGCCAAGGCACAUGACGUGCCCGACGAUGCCAUUCUCAUCGAGACCCAAAGCUCCAACUCUGGAGAAAACUGCCGAAACUCAGCGGCCCUACUACGUGAGCGUGGCCUUGAGGUCAACUCGUGCAUCCUGCUGCAAAAGCCGUUUAUGGAGCGACGUGCCUACGCGACCGUGCGCUGCCAGUGGCCAGAGCUGACUGUGGCUGCCGUAUCCUCUCCGCGCCUGACCAUGGACGAGUACUGUGCCCUCUUACCCAAAGAUGACGUGAUUCAUGCCAUGGUCGGACACUUGCAUCGCAUUCUCGAGUAUCCCAAGCGAGGUUUUCAGAUAGAGCAAAGCGUGCCGGCUGAAGUCCUCGGGGCCUGGGAGACACUGGUCGAAGCCGGCUAUACCCAACAUCUCGUGGCCGAGGCCCCGCAAACGUACCAAGAUGCGUAG